AUGGCUCUUCUCACUAGCAUACCCCUGGACGACCUCUAUACUCUACUCGCACCGAUUACCGUCCCCCCUUCGACAUCCCGUGGCAAAUUUAGCAACUGGGGGCAGACCUUUCAUUGCGCCCCUCUAGCCAUCUUCGAGCCGGAGAACGAAUAUCAAUGCGAACUUAUCCUCGAGUUGGCGCGCCGCGAGAAAAAAGUCGUACGAGCUGCUGGAAUAGGCCAUAGCCCCAGCGAUAUAGCCUGCACAAAGGAAUUUAUGUUGCGCACUCAAAAGCUUAACCGUGUGUUAUCGGUCAAUGUCGAAAAACGUACUGCUACCGUACAAGCAGGGAUAACGCUCAACGAAUUACAUGCACAUCUGGCAGAUCAUGGACUCGCCAUGAUGAACGUCGGCUCAAUCUCUGACCAAACCGUGGGCGGCAUCGUAACAACUGCAACGCACGGUUCUGGAGUGACAUAUGGUGUCAUUUCGACCCAUGUAAUGUCUCUGAAGCUCUUGUUGGCCGAUGGCACCUAUGUGACGUGCUCACGGCACGAGCGACCUGACCUAUUUGUCGCAUCCAUAUGCGGUUUGGGUACCACGGGUCUGAUUCUGAACGUCGAGUUGGAGGUGGAGCCAGCAUUUAGGCUCAAGGAGGUCGCGAUCACUCAGCCUUUCGAAGAUGUUAUGCAAAACUUGGAUGAAAUUGCGCACGCCGCGGAGCAUGUGCGACUAGCAUGGAUUCCAGCAGCCGAUCGGAUACGAGUGGGCUUGAUGAAUCGGACACGAGAGGAGAAGACGCCGGCGGGAAGUUGGUUCUUGGAAGUGUUCCUGGGAUUCUAUGCGUUGGAGUUUAUUCUAUUCCUUGGGCGUUUCUUCGCCUCCAUCAACAACUUUGCCGGGCUGUUUUUUUGUUGGUUGGGUGGGUCGAGGGGGGUUCGGGUGGAUGAUAGUCAUCGUGUUUUUAAUUUGGAUUGUCUCUUCCUGCAAUAUACAACCGAGUGGGCUAUACCGUACACGAGAAGUCAGGAGUGUCUACGUGAAUUGCAUUCUUGGUUGAGCCAGGAAUAUGGCGACCCGAACGGGCUGAGGCCCCACUUCCCCAUAGAGAUACGUUUUUCUGCUGCCGACGACAUCUGGCUCAGCCCCAGCCAGGGCCAGAAGACGUGUUGGAUUGGAAUAGUCCAGUUCAAACCUUAUGGGCUAUAUGUCCCUUACAAAAGGCUUUUUGAUGGAUUUGAAGCCAUCCUAGCCCGUCAUGGUGGCAGGCCACAUUGGGCGAAGGCACAUUCUCUACGUCGAGAAAAGCUGCGGAGUCUCUAUCCUCACUUCGACGACUUUAUUCGCGUUCUGGAAGACGUGGACCCAUGCGGGCUGUUCCGAAACGAAUACAUUCAACGGCACUUCUUCGAUGGCCAAGCAGAUGGGCGAAUAUUCAAAUUGCGACAGUAA